GUGUAUCCCCUUCAGCACUCGCUGGCUGUGCCGGCUCAGCACACACUCACACAGACUGAAGACUGCGAUGUGACUGCUUACCAGAGGAAUACAGCGUGUUCCAGUGGGGAUUUUUUCUCUCUUCUCUGUUAGCAGGAUAAUGGGAGAGGACGGACAGGGAGUCAGACUGGCCAUGCCGGCCACUUGGGCUGUUCUGGUUCUCUUCACGGUUACUUCAGUGCAUGCAGUGGAAGAGACAGUGAUGGAUACAAGGACGGCGACAGCUGAGCUUGGCUGGAUAUCGUUCCCUGCCAACGGAUGGGAGGAGGUGAGCGGUUACGACGAGAACCUGAACACCAUCAGGACGUACCAGGUGUGUAACGUGUUUGAGCCCAGCCAGAACAACUGGCUCCUCACCACUUACAUCGACCGGCGCGCGGCGCAACGCAUCUACGUGGAGAUCCGCUUCACUGUGCGCGACUGCGCCUCCAUACCGAGUGUCCUGGGCUCCUGCAAAGAGACGUUCAACCUCUACUACCUAGAGACCGACAGGACUGUUUCAGACGGCAUCAAAGGGGUGGAGUACUGGGCCAACGCACCCUUCCUAAAGGUGGACACCAUUGCAGCAGAUGAGAGUUUCUCCCAGGUUGAUUUCGGGGGCAGGCUGAUGAAAGUGAACACGGAAGUGAGAAGUUUUGGGCCUCUGUCCAAAGGCAGAGGUUUCCAUUUGGCUUUCCAGGACUUAGGCGCUUGCAUGUCGCUUCUGGCCGUCAGGGUAUUCUACAAGAAAUGCCCCAGCAUCGUGCAGAACUUUGCUUUCUUCCCAGAGACGCUGACCGGAGCAGAGUCCACCUCAUUAGUCAUCGCCAGAGGAAGCUGCAUCCCCAACGCCGAGGAAGUAGACGUGCCCAUAAAGCUCUACUGUAAUGGAGACGGAGAGUGGAUGGUACCCAUAGGCAGCUGCAGCUGCAAGGCGGGUUAUGAACCUGACAAUGGCAAUGUGUGCCGAGCUUGUCCUCAGGGCACCUUUAAGUCAUUCCAGGGGCCAGGACUGUGUCAGCAAUGUCCGCCCAAUAGCCGCUCCACUAUCGAAGCUGCCACCCUCUGUGGUUGUCGGAAUGGCUAUUACCGAGGAGACAUGGACAAACCGGAGGACCUGUGUACCAGUGUCCCUUCAGCUCCUCGCAAUGUGGUCUCAGUGGUCAACCAGACAUCGGUGAUGUUGGAGUGGCACUCACCACGUGACACUGGACACCGCGACGACUUGUCGUAUAAUUUGUUGUGUCGCCGAUGCCACAGCAAUGAGCGGCGGGCUUGUCAGCCAUGUGAUGACAGCGUGGUGUUUGUUCCAGGCAAACAGGCGUUAAAGGAAACAAGGGUUGAGAUCAGCAAGCUGCGGGCCCACACGUCGUACACCUUUGACAUACAGGCAGUCAACGGAGUCUCCAACAAGAGCCCUUACCCCGCCCAACAACUGUCAAUCAACAUUACAACCAAUCAGGCUGCUCCCUCAGUAGUUCCCAUAAUGCACCAAGUGAGCUCAACAAGUCGCAGUUUCUCGUUGUCAUGGCCACCGCCCGAACAGCCCAAUGGAAUUAUCCUCGACUACGAGAUACGAUACUAUGACAAGUUGCAGUCAUCUGUGCUGAACAGUUCGAUGGUCCUAAGCGAAACACCUAAUGUGGUUCUGGAGGGUCUGAGACCCGGGACGGGCUAUGUGGUCCAGGUGAGGGCCCGCACUGUAGCGGGCUACGGAGCCUACAGCAAAGACAUGCUCUUCCAAACCCUCACCGACGAUGAAUAUAAGUCAGAGCUCGGACAGCAGCUCUCUCUGAUUGCUGGCUCUCUAGUUGGUGGAGUGUGUAUUGUAUCACUAGUAGCUAUCGCCAUCAUCUGUACCAGGAGAAGGCAGCUGAAGGAGAGCGUAUAUGGUGACAAGCUGCAGCAGUACAACACAGGAGGAGAGGUGACUCUGAGGCCAGACAUGUUCAGUGGACCCACACCCACUGUGACCUUUCCCAGCCUGUCUGAGGGUCACAGUUCACCAGGGGUCAAGAUCUACAUUGACCCUUUCACCUACGAGGACCCCAAUGAGGCUGUGCGGGAGUUUGCCAAGGAAAUCGAUCCCUCCUGUGUCAAAAUAGAGGAAGUCAUCGGAUCAGGCGAGUUCGGUGAGGUAUACAAAGGUCGCCUGAAACCUGUGGGGAAAAAAGAAAUCCCUGUGGCCAUCAAGACCCUGAAGGUGGGCUACUCUGAGAGGCAGAGGAGGGACUUCCUGUCAGAGGCCUCAAUCAUGGGCCAGUUUGACCAACCAAAUAUCAUCAGACUGGAGGGCGUGGUCACCAAGAGCAGGCCUACGAUGAUAAUCACAGAGUUCAUGGAGAAUGGAGCACUGGACUCAUUUCUCAGGCAAAAUGAUGGGCAGUUCCCAGUGAUCCAGCUGGUUGGUAUGAUGAGGGGCAUCGCAUCUGGAAUGAGGUACCUGGCGGAGAUGAGUUAUGUUCACCGGGACCUGGCAGCUCGAAAUAUCUUGGUUAACAGCAACCUCGUGUGUAAGGUGUCUGACUUCGGCUUAUCACGUUAUCUGGAGGAGGACACCUCCGACCCCACCUACACCAGCUCGCUGGGAGGUAAAAUCCCCGUGAGGUGGACGGCACCAGAGGCGAUCGCCUACAGGAAAUUCACGUCAGCUUCAGAUGUCUGGAGUUACGGGAUCGUCACCUGGGAGGUGAUGUCAUAUGGGGAGAGACCUUACUGGGACAUGAGCAACCAAGAUGUGAUAAAUGCCAUAGAGCAGGACUUCAGACUUCCAGCUCCCAUGGACUGUCCAGUAGUGCUGCACCAACUGAUGCUGGACUGCUGGCAGAAAGACAGAAACGCCCGGCCAAAGUUCCCUGAUAUUGUCAGCAUGUUGGACAAAAUGAUACGCAACCCUGCAUCUCUCAAAGCCGGCACCAACAACAUGGUCCCUGGUCCUCCCCAUCAUCCCUUGUUAGACCGUGGAGCUCCAGACCUAAGCAGGGUGAGCUCAGUAGAAGACUGGCUGGCUGCAUUGAAGAUGACCCAGUACAGAGACUCCUUUCUGGGCUCGGGCUUCACCUCUUUGCCGCUCGUCACGCAAAUCACAGCUGAAGAUCUGCAGAGGAUUGGAGUGUCUCUAGCCGGACACCAGAAGAAGAUCCUGACCAGUGUGCAGCUGAUGAGGCACCAAGCCGAUGAUCAGUCUCCCACCGAAUCUGUGUAGCCACACGGGGGAAAUACUCGACCUGGGUGCAGUCUGUGAGCGAGCAGGCUGUCCUAUACUUCUGUUUUUAAGCUCAUACAAUUAAGUUUGCUGCUUUUGAAGAUCUCAAUCACUUCACGCGCUUUCAAAAAAUCAUCGUUAGCCAUUUGUGUGUCUGCAUGGACAGAUCCGUCCCCCAGUGACAGGACGGACUUCUUUCACGCCAUUUAGCUUCCAAAACGAAAAUGGCUCCUGGGAGAAAUUCAGUGUAGAUGCAUUAUUGUCACAAAGAGUAAAAACAAAAAUAAGUGGGGAAAAAAGGAAAACUUACUGAGCAUGAGGCUCUAAAAUCAUUACCCCCCUUUUUCCACAUGCUAGCGUAACUGUGAAUGCUAUCACUGAAAUCUACAGACCAUUUAAACCAUCUUGAAUUAAAGGAAGUUUGUUUUGUUUUUGUUUUUUUUAUAUGAGGACACAAAACACUCUGCUUUGAAGAAGAAAGUGGCUGAGCAGACGUUUAUAUGAAGGGGCACAAACCGGACCAAAAGACUGACAAAAAGGGUUUUAAGAGACGAGACGCGCGAGCAGGCUUGUUAAAUCCAGAGACUACUUCAGCGUGUUCCUGAAAAAUUGCUACCAUCUGAAUCCUGACAAGAGCCAACCGUUUAAAGGGGACCUUUUUUUAAUAAAAAAAGCUAUCUUCAUAUUGAAGAGUUUGUACAUAUUUGUGAUACGGGAUAUUUCUUUCCUAUUUGCUCAUUAGCGUUUGCGUUCGCUAACAGCAACAGACAGUUCAGUGUCGCUGGAGUAUUUGUGACUUCUCAACGAUUCUCUUCCCCGCCUGAAUCAUCACUGGAGCAAACUCUGAAGUGUUGUGGACUGCAGACAAAAAAAGAAAGAAAAUAGGUUUCAGUGUUCUGGUUUUUUUCUUCUCCUUCUUUUUUUUUGUACUUUCCAUGCAGCCAUGAAAAGAUAAACUCUUUCAGUGAAAGUGCUACCAGGGCCUGGCCUACUUAAAGUACUUAAUUCACAGAGAACUCAUAAUGGAUGAUGUUUCACAAUCAGCACAAAUGCCCACUGAGUAAAGCCAAUUAGAAAUAUUCAAACCAUAGUGGUAUGUCUCUCUUUUCUGAGCCAGGAAUCAAAGCGCAUGCAUGCUUGGUGGCGCAGAAGAAUAAAGCAGCUUAAGACUGUGGGUACUGUGUCAUUACCAGCUAUCGAGAUUGCACCUGUUGUGAAAGCGCUGCGGUGUCCAGAGAAUCUUUAAAAGACACCAAAGGUAUCCAGUGUUCUUGUGAUUUGGCUGCAAAUCCUAAAGCCGCCUGCCAACCAAUCAGAAAUCCAACGCUCAUGUUCUGUCCACGCGUGGAAACAGAUCUCCCCGUCUAAACUUUGUCAUGGCCGCCGUCCAGGUGGCAUUCAUCGCUCAGCAGCAGGCAGCCAUGCAGGACUCUGUUUUCAUUCAUUUUUCUUAUUCGUCGGACACGUUGCCGUCAGAGCCUGUUUUGACAGUCUCAUUUCCCGAUUGACAUCUCCGAUUAAUACCGCCGCGUCAGUUUGCAGAUGAAAUGACAGGAAAUGACCUAUCCGUGUUCCUCAUCUGCAGACUGCAACCUUUUCAGUGUCAGAGAAGAGAUAAAGAGAUCAAACAAGAAGAGAUAAAGUGAAAUACCACGUUUUCAGUGAAGAGGCAAAACUGGUGACUUUUUUUCUAAAUACUGAAGCUCGUCCUAACAAAAUAUGAUAUAAAGAAGGCCUGAUCUCACUACAGGGCACACUGGUGGAGAAGCACUGGGAGAUCUCUUUUAUCUCAGCGCUGAGCGGAUUACCAGCUGUGAAACAACAGCAGGCUCGCUCUGCCUCCAACCACCACCACCCCGCCAAAAAAAAAUCCCCUCUGGUCACACGCGUGCACGGAUUACCCAUCAGCACCUCUGAUUGGAUGUUAUGAUUUUAUUUGUCAUCCGCUGUGAGCUCGGGCUCAUGAUGACAGAAGUGACAGUUGUUUGCUUUUAACACGCUUUCACUGCUGCAUGGCUCCUACAAAAAAAAAUAAAUAAAAAAAUGCUGUGUUUGUGUUUGUCUCGCACCACCGCUCGCCACUGCUGGGAUGCCCCAAAGUCUUUUUAUUUAUGAACACUGUGACAUUGAAGGGGUCUGUGGCUUUUCAUUUCUUUUUUUUAAACCCAAGAAGAAAAAAAAAACAAAACAAAACCUCCAAACAUUUCAGUUUGCACUUGUUUCCCCGAAACUCCACUCCAACGGCGCGGCCCGCAAUUGCAUUUGUUGCCUGGCAACAGCAGCUUAUUGAGCAUUUUAUCAGGAAGUAUUGAGAUCAACUGGGAGCGUGUCAGUAGUUCAGAGGCAUAAUUCGUUGUGAAUAGAUGCCUGUGGAAAAAAAAAGAAAGAAAACGGUUUCAGCCCUGGCUCCGGGGUUUAAUAAAGAGCGAGACAACUAGUGCGCCCUAAAAGCUCAUAUUGAAUGCCACCUAAGAAAAGAAUAGACGAAAAAGAAACAAAAUUCAUGCAGAGGAAAUGAAAACUAUCAACACAGACAGGCAUCUUGCUGCGUUAUGUAACAUCUGUAGUCUAGUGUGUCUGCUCUUCCGAUUCAUGUUUUUCUUUCUUCUCAGCAAGUGUAAAUGUUAGUUUUGGGAACCAUUUCACAUGUUGCUGUGUCAGUGUUUGUGAUAAAACAAAACCAAACCCCAAUGAAGGCAUAAGUGAUCUAUGACACGUCUUGUGUUUAUACCGUUGCGUGUCUUGGUUCAAGCACAAGUGUUCGCCACAGAGGGGAUGCCGGGAGAAACGUCAGGAGGAUGAUUUGAGUGUUAAUGAUGGAGUUUGUGAAAGCGGGUUUCUGAGUUAAAAGCUAAUCCACCCUGAAUCUGUUGCCUAAAAACAAAUCAUAAUAAUAAAAAAGAAAGGAGAGCAUGUAAACAAGUCAGGAGCCAGAUAUGUAGCUAUGCUGUCUGUAACGUAUGCGUAAUUCUAGCUUGAGGCUAAACUGUGUUAAGUUUUAGAUUUUUCUCAUUUUCUCUCCUAUAGAAAAGUUUUUAUUUCGAAAGAAACAGUCCAUCAUUGACAUUUUUUGCUAUUUUUACACACACACACACACACACACACACACAAAAGUGAGCCGAGCUAAACUAAACAAAGACAAUGAAAUGUGAUGGUAAAAUAAAAUGAUGAAAAAAAAUAUCUCCCACUCACUGUCAACUUUUUAAAAGUUUGAAGAUGAAAAGUUUGCCUAAGACACUCGCUGUGUCCCAGUUCCACAUUAGAAACUAAUUCUAGUCUGAAGAGUGUGCGCCUGCUGGAAAAGCAACAAGAGAGAGUAUAGUCAACAAAAAAAGAAAAUCGGCAUGCCCGCACAAAGAAGCGAAGAAGCAUAGUGACAGCUUGCUAAAAAUGAAAACUAAUCGUGGAUGGUGGCAAAGUAGCUCUGAAAGCACGGCAGAAAAUAAGUGUAAGACAGGACGAGGGAGAUAUUUUAUACGUGUUCGUGUGAAGUUUAAUUAGCGCUGACAUUUAGAAGACCCAGUCUGGUUGGCGUCCGUCGCUCUGCGGAUGGGAUCAUUUCUUGUCAGUGUGAACCAGUUAAAGGUGCCCUAUCCGGGGACACUGCUGGCAGAAACUAAAUGAACUCAUCUUGUGCUCCGAGUUUGAUUCGUACCAGGACCAACCACGCUUCACUGGCAAGUCAUACGCUUGCACAUUGGGUCACACACUUCUCCCACUCGGCAUUUUAUGUGCUGAGAAUCUAGCCAGUGUUAAAAAUGGAAGAAUAACCUUAAACAGUGUUUUGAACUCUGUUGAGUCCUGUGUGAUGGCUUGUUUGAAGCAGAGCAGAUGGUGACUUGUUUUCCCCUCUAUGCUCGCCAUAGCUGUAUGUGUGACUUUGCUGGUCAUUACUACAAACCACAGACUGUGUAUACAACAUAGAGGUAGGCACUGGGUAUAAAAACUGGAGGCAGUGCCAAAGUACCUUUAACUGUCUUAUUUAAUAUAAUGCUAUGUUCAUUUACUAAAUUAUAGUCCCAUUUGGAGCUAAAUAGAUCAUCAAGUUGGGUAUGCUUUUUUGUGUGGCUACAUUGUCACUGCCGUACACUGCUCAAAAACAUUGAAGGACUACUUUUUAAUCAGAGUGUAGCAUCAAGACCAUUAAACUUCUGGGCUAUUAAUCUGGCCAGUUAAGUAGUAGAUGGGGUUCUUAAUCAGUUUCAGCUACUUCAGACUAACAGGUGGACUAGAGGGGCACCGGUGAGACAACCCCCAAAACAGGAAUAGUUUUACAGGUGGACUGAUAUUUUGUCCCUCUGGAUUUUUUUUUACUAGUUUUGCAUUUGGCUGGGGUCAGUGUCACUGCUGCCGGCAUGACAACCUGACCUAAAUCCAACAGACAAAUUCUGGGACAUAAUUUUUCAGUUCAGCUGAUGCUACAAGGUUACACUUCAGACUGUCCAGGAGCUCAGCUAUGCCCUGGUCCAGGUCUGGGAGGAGGUCUCUUCAGUACAGCAUCCGUCUUCUCAUUAGCAGCAUGCGGCAACAAUUUCAGGCAAGCAUACAAAGCAGACGGGGCCAAACAAACUGCUGAGUACCAUUUUGGGUCAGCAAAAUGACAGUUUUGCAAAGCAGACCAGCUUUCAACAUCAUAAUUUCAUGUCAGUUGUAUUCUUCCAUCCAGCCCUCUGCAGGUUGAUCAUUUUCAUUCCCAUGAAAUAAUGUGGCAUCCUUUCAUUUCUAACACAUUACCCAGUCCGUAUCAGUCUAGAUAUGCAGCAUGAUAUUUCUCCUAUUGAUAUCUGCUGUGUUUUAAAGCGUUCCUUUAAUUUUUGGAGCAGUGUAUAAGUGGUGUAUGCAACAUUCGCCCAUUAUUUUCCCCAUUUUUUUUUACAAACGCAGUCCAGUUUUCAAUUUCCUUUCCUUUCCUUACUGCCUGAGAUGCUUCCUAUGUGCAGAAGAUUGCCAAAGACACCAAUUGGAAACUUUAGGACUGCUGUAAGACUUGUAUCAGAGUCAGUCAGCAAACUCAGUGCUUGUUAUCCUGUUAUCUUGUGACUAGUUUUCCUUCUGCAUGCAGAGUUUGCUGAUGCUGGCUGCUGCAGUCAUGCUGCAGCCUCGUAUUCAGACUACUUUUCAAUGCCUAAUAAUUUAUUAUCACAGUAGUGUAAUAAGUGUUCAUCAUAUCAGUUGGCUCGAGUGCACAGAGGCAAUGUUAACACUGCUUAGCACUACUCCCUGUCUUCGCUCUUGCACAGCAGUGCUUCUUUUCAUGCUACUGGCACCUGAGAUGAUGGUAAACCACUGUGCAUGCCCAUAUGUGUUUGUGUUUGUGUGUGCAGAGAGACAGGAAGUCUCUGGUGAAAAUACAGACCCACACUCUCUUUUUGAUUCUUUUCUUCUUCUUCAGUUUUUUUGCAUACCAAGUACGAAAACACAGACCUGGAACUGCUUUUGUUUUAACGUGAUAUGCCACUUGUCAUUUAUACAUUUUUCACAUGGCUUUUGUGUCGUGUUGACAUUUGCACGCCUGCACAUAAAGCGGCACCUGAUCGUUUUGGGAGCACGUGAACGUAUCCGUGACCACAGCCCAUCUCGUUUGCGAAAACUCCAUGUCUGAUGCAGCUCCAAUGCAUUGUGCUCUGCUCGCUGUAAGUGCUGCUGUAAGGCACACGUGACAAAAGCCCUCAUUCAGUUAUUCUGCAGAACUCUCAUCAAAACCCGACAUUUACCGCAAGAUCUUUAAGAUAAAAUUGCCUUUCAGACUCCACUGUAGCCGUCACACUAUAUUUAGCCACUUACGCACAAAAAUGAGAAAAGUAGACACCUAAACAACAAAGUAGGCCCAGAAAUGCAGGGUGAGUCUCCUCUAAGUGCUUUAGGGUGGAUUUAUCUUUUAAUUGCAGAUUUUCUUUUUUCUUUUGAAAGCUGGUCAGACUGGACUGCUUUUCUUUCUCCUCUGCUUUUUCUCUGGUGUAAUAGAUACUGUAGGUGAGGCACCAGAUGAGCGCGUGAGAGUUAUGAAGAGAGGGGAGGAAAAAGUAAAAGGGAAUAGGUAAUAGAAGGGGAAAGAAGGGAAGGGGAAGGAUUAGCAGAAGAAGAGAGAAGAGGGGUGGAGGAGCAAAGGCAAAGCUCGACUUGUGUUUGAAUAAAAAUGAGGCUGGGUGUGGAGAGAUUACUCGUUCUCUUUUUGUCUCUCUCUCUCCCUCUCUGCUCUACCCAGCUGUCCUCCUUCUCCUAAUGCCCACAGCCUCUCUGAACUGCUCGCUCUGCUUCCAGUCCGCAUUUCCACCGUCUCUUUUUCACUCAGAGUUUGAAGGCAAGCAAUCGUUCUGCGUUAGAAGCACUCCUCUCUCCAGCAGUUUUGAACUUGCAUCUCUUAAGGAUAUAUUGGCGCCUAUUCUUUACAUAAAAGACCCCCGCACUGUUUUGUUGUGGGCUUUCAGCAAACUAUUUAUGCCGGAGCUGUGGAAGUAAUGGGCUUUUCCUCUUUUCCACCUGCUUUGCUCCUCGCGCCAAGUCGUUCACAGCGAUUUAUCAGGCUGACCUCGCUGUGGCUGUGCACACUGCAAGGGCAGAAAGGGGUUUUCUGGGAUGCUCAGCAGAAAUUAAUAGGCCCAAACAGAUAAAGUCUGCUGACUUUGGUGGUCCUCUGAUUUUUCCUUCUUGCCCCCCUGUGACAUAUUCAAAACUGUGGGUUACCAGAAACUGCUAUUUACGUAAAUUGGGUGGAUCACAAUGAAAUUUGGUUCACGUUCCCCUCGGGUUGAGUUGUAAUUUGUGUGGUGAUAUUGCUACAUUUAAAGCUUCAUCAUUAGAUUAAUGUGUCCGAUACUUUGGUUCAUAACCAAAUAAUUGAGAAACAGCAGUAAUUCACAUCAGCCUCAGCUGUACUUCGUUGCUGCGUGCUACCUAAGCUAAACUGUGAACAUCUAUCAUACCUGAUGAGCAAGUUAGCCUCAUAAUUUGGGGUCGUUAUUAAAUCGCUAACGUUAGCGCUUAGCUGAAAACACAUUUGAGUUUGCUUUCACUCGGAAAAAUAUAUUCCCUUACAACUGCAAGUUCUUUUCAGUUGCAUUUCAAGCUCUCCGGGAAGAGACGUUCUUAUUUAAAUGAUUGAUGAAGUCUGCAAUCCACAAGACUUUCAUCCAGGAGUCGAGGGUUCGACUCCCAUGUGUGACCCUUUCUUUACUGAGUUUUUUUUUGUGACUUUCAAGUUGUCUGGCUUAGGCACCAAAAGGAUGCCACAUCAUUUGGCGCAGUUAUGAAAUGACGGGGAUGAAGCUACAACAAAAGGCACAAGUAUUUCAAUUACAAAAAUAUUUGUGUAACUUCACAAAUACAGGAGAAAAUAAUGAAGAACUUGUACGGGGAAUGUCUUUUGCAAAAAAAAAACAAAGAAAAAUGGAAAAAAAUAAAUAAAUACAAAGAAUUCUGAUGAGCAUAUUUCCCCAAACUGUGACAAUAUAUGUCUUCUGCCCGAAUGUAUAAAUAUUUGCGUUGAGCUUUGUAAUCUCAUUUUACACAAAGUGUUUCUUUAAACCGCAGGCUGGCUGUGCACACUCCCUCUGCAGAAAUUUCCACUUUGUUGUUUUUCUCAUGGUAAUUUAUUUUCCUUCGAACUGCUUGCCAUACCUUUUAGUAUGUAUGUAAUGUACUAUUUCUCUUGAAAAAAGAAAAAGCAGCUCAAUAAUCAGCUGCAUCUGCCUUUCUCUGUUUACCAACAAUAACGUUCUAGGUGUUACUGCUCAUAUAGUCAGAGCAUCCCACUGUCAUGUAUUAUAAUACUGUAAAAUAAUGUGAAUAUGCGCAAGCCUGUGCAUCUUUGUGUGUUUGUGUGCGCGUGUGGGUGUAAUAUAAUGUGCGUGUGGAUGUGUGUGUGCGUGUGAGUGCUGUUCAGUGUACAGUAAAAUGUUUGUAUUUUGUGCGUGAGUUUGUAGCUGUAAACUUUCUGACUCUUACAUUUACAAUGCACUGUUUGUCAAUAAAGAAGACAAUUCAAACCCA